GGGAACGUCUAGCGCAGAACCAACCACUUCGCUUCGGGAUAAAGACAGUGCCCAGUGAAGCAGGAUGAAUCCACAAUCUCGUGCCCAUCGGAAACCGCCCGACGUCGAGGAGGCACUGUCCUCGAUGCUGUGGACACCGUACGACAAUAACAUUUCCGAGUCGGAUUCCUCCGACGAGAUGGAGGUGCUGCAUCGGGUCAACAACAACAACAACUACAGCUUCUUCGGUACAGGGGCCAACCAGGACCACCGACGCUAUCCGCACCGGCAACGGCAGCCACCGUCACUGAUGCGAAGAAGUCUGUCCGCGUGGAGCUAUCGUAGCAGGACGGGCAAACCGAACCCGGUCGGCGAGUGUGAGGCCGGGAAUCGGUUUAGCUAUCCGUAUUACGAUCAGCCCGAGCUUGGCUUUGAAAUGCUCGGUGGCGGUUUGCCCGGCGGUUGGUACGGGUACGGCAGUACCGUCGCUAGCAACAUCAACAACAACAACCACCACUACACAAACGGCAUUAACGGCAGUUCCUAUGGCUACACCGGUGGUGCUCCGGUGACCAGCAGCAGAAGUUCCUACAGCUUCCAGCCCGGCGCAGCGGAGUGCGGCCGGGCGGACGAGCGGACGCCACCCUGGCAAACGUUGACGGCAACGACGGACCGUAGCGUUGAAAAGCGACCGUAUCUGCAGCAGCAACCGCUCCAGACACCGUUCGUCGGCCGGUGGCAGUCGGGUGUGGGUGCCUCGCAGCUGGAAACAUCCUCGCUACCGUACAGUCUGCUCGCACUGGACAGCUUCGGUGUCACCGGAGCCACCGGCCGGGAAGUUGACGGGUUUGCUGACAGCUACCGGGACGAUUAUCAGGUUUACGCUGGAAAUGGCGAGAAUGUAGCCUCGGGCCGCUUGUCGAAGGGCAGCAGCAGCAGCAGCAGCAACAUAAACAGCAUUAACAACAACAUCGAUGGUACCUGCAAUAACAAUAACAACGACAACGGUUUGUGCAUAAUUUCCGCAAUGCUGCGACCGGACGGUGGCAACGGUGGAGACCUACAUUUCCCGAGCGCACCGCAGCACCAACACUGGCAAGGGCACGGGCCGGGCGCCGCACUAGCAACAACCCCAUCCGCCGUAGGGCAACAUAAUUCCAGCAUAACGGCGACGGCGACGACGACGCCGUCGCCGUUGCUGCCGUCGGUGCCGUACGAUGGCCGGGCUGUUGGUGUUGGUGCGGUCGAGGCACGGAUCUCACGCACACCAGCACCGGCACGCUGCAGUCCGGUAGAAGGGGAAGGUCUCGCAGCGCUCGGUUCGGCCGCGGUGUGCGCCGACAGCGCGUUUAAUUGUGUGCGGCAAGCGAACGCAGCAACAUCGACGUUGGUGCGUCGUGCGGACGGUGCGCAAGCGGAUCGUGUUCGCAGCACAGACACGGUAGUAGAGUGUGGUGAGUUUGAUCAGCGCACGGUGGUGAAUAAAAAUCGUUUAGCAACGGGCAGUCCCGAGCGUGUGGUGGCGAUGCGGCUGAACGUACCGGCGGCCGGGUUGGCCGAGGGCGGCAGCCGGACCAGUGUGUACAUUCCGUCGACGGUGGCGACCCCGCCGGCCGAGGGCGGGUUGCUGCCCGCGCUGUCGAUCCAGGUCAAUCGGCUGGAUCCAAACAAUCAGCAGCAGAAUGAUGUCGUUAACAAUGCGGCGUCCGGUGUGAGCAUAGUGAGCUGCUACCGUGCGGCCAACCGAGAAACGGGUGUCGCGAGUGGAGUGGCGAGCGGUGCGGAGGAGAGUGUGGUCGAGGGUGCGGGUACUACCAAGUGCAUUGUGGAGCGUGAGGAGCGUGGUGAGGAUCAGCGCAAAGAGGCGCUGAUCGAGCGUGGUGUGGUCAGUGCGUGUGAUGCAAAUGUUGGCUCGCCGGAGCAAAUGGUUCAAGUUUCUAGUGUUGUGGAGCAGCGGCUAGGUGCCGCCGGUGGUGGGGAGAAGGGUGUGGGUGCGGAGUGUGGUGGGUCACCGGGUAGUGCGGUCAGUGUUCCAUCCCGUACCUUUACGUCAACCGAGGCCCAAACGGAUGAUUCGAUCCAGCAACAGCAGCAACAGCAGCACCAGCAGCAACUGCUCCUGCCGCAUCCGUCCGGAUUGAUUGGACCGGCGGCAUUCAUCGGCGGCGGGCCGGCCCCCGGACCGGAACCGAUCGUGGCGACCAUGCUCGGCCCCGGGUCGGAAUUCAGCACCCGCGAGCAUCGGCGGCGGGAACGGCGCGAGCGGCGGCAGGCGCGGAACCGCCUCCAGCACAUCCACCCGCUCGAACCGCCGCCCCCGCUGCACCGGUCGCCGCCACCGAUCGAGAUCAUCCCCGACAUUCUGCACAGCCAUCUGCCACCGCCCUACACCACCCUGCCGAUGGGUGCGUCCCUCAUACCGCAGAUGAUCCCGGCGAAUGCGGUCGCGGCGGCUGCCGCUGCGGCCGCCGCCAUACCGGUCCGGGCUGCCGAUGAUUGCCGCUACACGUUUCCGAUACCGAUCAUGCGAAGUUCACCUUCGGAACGGUCGCGUAAAGGGUGCUGCGGUCAUUGGUUCGCAGGACCACCGUUGAGGGCGCUCAUUGCCGUGGUGGCUCUCGGUGGAGUGGCCUGUGCCUUGGGCGGUGCUGCACUCGGCGCUACGGGGCUGGCCGGUUCACCAACGUCUCAUCUUACCGCUGCCUUAUUAAUGAUAGGUGUUGGAGUGAUUCUAGUGACUGUUAGUGGAGCGGCGUGGCGCAUGACUGCACCGGGCGCACCACCCUGCCUGGGGCUGGGUUCUACCGUCGACCUGGGACGCUGCUCGCGGAGACCUUGCGGACGUGGUGGAAGUACACCGCACGGGCUGCUGUAUCCCGAGUUCCAGCAUAGGCCACCGCCUCCAUCAUACCAGGCCAGCAUGCAGGAGUAUAGACUAAGAUUGCUGCUCCUGGACCGGGACCGACAGUCGGGAAGGAUGCGUAGUACGGCCUCACCGCCACCGACCUAUCGAUCCAACGUGGGAAGCCUUUUAAGAAUACCACUCAGCGCGCGUUAUAAUAACGGCAGCAGCAACAGCAUAUUCGGUGGCAUUAGUGGCAUUAUCAGUGGUGCCGUCGGUGGUGGUUCGAGCAACAGUGUGAACAAUGUGCCAGCAACGCCGGGCCAUGCCGAGCUGCAGGUGAGCAGCGCACCGAACCCGUACGGUUCCGAUGGCCAUAGUACGCUUCCGCCGAGCUACCGUUCGGUUAAUCUGCACCCGACGCCACCGGAUAGCGAUCCAGCACAGCGGCCAUCACAGCAACCGCCUACCGUAGCGGCGGCACCAGCGCCAUCGGCAAGGGAUGGCAACAACCCGGUAGUGGAUGCGAACCUAAUAAGUGACGAUAAUACGCACCGAACGAACGCGACGGGUGUGAAUCAUCAUGCACCGUCCAUAAUUAAAAUCGACGAUCGAUGCACAAACUCUGGCACGCCGGUGGUGGUGGACGGGCAGGCCGGUUCGCGACAGCGAAAUUCAAUUCCCAACGUCGCUCUAAUUGAUGCCGGCAGUGGAGGCGAAGAGCAAAGCGUCGUCGAAGCGCCGAGUGUUGGUGUUGUCGGUAGCAACGCAAACAGCAGCAGUAGCAGUAGUAGCAGCAGCAGCAGCAGUAGGCUUUGCCCGACUGGAACCGUUCCCACCGCAAACGGCAGCGGUACCAAGGAUCUGGUUACGAUUGUUACGAUAUCCGGCACGAUCGAACCGUCCGCCACGGGGGCCAGUCGGUCGGUUUACACUAGCAGCAGCAGUACGCAGGCAGGGGCCGGUGGGGCCACAUGUACAUUAUUAAACACGAACUCGACGCCACUGCUGGCCACGGUAAUACCGGUCAGCAAAUGUGCAACCACAACGACGCCGCCAUCUCCCUCCACGGGCAGUACCACCGGGCCACUAUAGAAAGGAAAGCGGCGGAGGCUUUUGUUUAGUAUAUCCACAGUUACCGGAAGUACACGGCCCUGACGUUGGAGACUGUGCCCGUGCCCGAAACCUGAUAAGCCAUGAAAAUCUAGUUUUUGUUUUUGUUUUUUUUGUUGCUUCUCUCUCCUCGAAGCAGAAGUUGCAGUGUGCUCGGCUGCCACACGAUGGAAACAGUCCCGGCAUGCCGGUGGUAUAACUCUACCGAGGUCGCCACUGUUGACUUCCUGCUGUUGGUUGUGUUGUGUUGUGCAGAACACCGAAUAAAAAUAGUACACACACAAUAUAUGGGACAGAUGUGGUGCAAUGGUAAACCGACCAUGCCGUAGAACUGUGACGUUGGGAAACUUUGCUGUUUCCGCUUUGCCUACCGGCCGCAAACGGGACUUCCCGAACGGGCGGCCGAAUCCUCGCCAUGGUCCCUUGCCGGAAUGGGCAGCGUUCGGCAGGAAGAUUAGAGCAAUCUGGACUUUCGCGUACGGGCUGAGGAGGGGGCUGAGGAGUUGUGCUUCGAAUCAUUAAACAUGUAACAUUGGGAUUUCUGUAGAACUGUAUAGACGUGUAUAAAAGCAUAACCGGAUAAGCACCACUAGCGAGACAACAACGACGAGAAAAAAAGGGUCAGUUGAGGUUACUCAGCUUAGCCACCACCGUAAGGAUCUUUCUCACUCUCUAUUUGACACACACACACACACACUCACACACAAACGGAUGUCCUUGGAUGUGGGUCUUACAGAUCCGGAUUUUCGGUUUAACGCACACAGCGUGGCCCAAAUCUCCACACGCGAGAGUAAUGGUGACGGUUAAGCCGGAUUCGAAACGGCACCCCCGAAAAUCCUUUGAAAAGAAGGCCGGCGUCCGGAAAGGAAAUUUUGGUAGCUUCCGGACAGCGUGCACACACAAACACAAACACAUGCACAGGAUUCAUCACUUACAACAGGGGGAUCGAAUUCCGGUCAUAAUGUGACCGAAAACUCGUGCCGUAAAACCUUCAUUCCCGCCCCCACGAUUUUUUUUUCGCCGCACACAAACACAACGACAACAACAGAGCAGGGGUUAAAUAGAUUAAUUUUUAAUUUAAUAUGUGCCUGAAUUAUGAAACAACCCACCACCCACCCAUUUCGUUUCGGGUUUGCGAUUUUGCCCACCCCGCUGUGGAAAAGAUGGACGGGAAUGGCCAUGUUUUUUUUUCUCGGGACGGUUGGAGGGAAAACACCCUCCGCAAGAAUUUACGAUUUUGCCCAUUUUGUUUUGUGUGUGGCCAGUGGUCAGUGGAUGGCUCCAAUCCCGAAUUUUUCGGACGUUUAUUUUUAUGGUUUUCGAUAUUAUAAUUUUCCUUGUUGCGUUGUGUUGUUUCCCUUUUUAUGCCCCUGGUCUGUCUCUGUGUGUGUGUGAGUGGGCACGUUCGAUUCGGAACGGGGGAGGGGGCGAAAAAUCAAAUAAAACCACUUUGGAUGUUCACGCCGAGAUUGACUUUUUUAAGGCAGGAAGAGUUUAAGCUUUUAACCCCCUCACACACACACACACUCAACCGAACCGAGCGUCCGUGUCCAUGCUGGCUGUACUUUAUUCUACAUCUCGUUAGCGUUAUCGUAUAUUGUUCGCACCCCGUUUGGUGCCUUUUUUUAAAUCGAAAAUUAUUUUACCACAAAGGCGCGAGCACAGGAUGUGGGAAAGGUGACCAGCACGUGUUUACAAAACAGAGAGAGAGAGAGAAAGAGUGUUGUGUGUACAGUGCAUAGGAAAAUCGUUAACUUCCUGGGUUUUCCUUAUUUUUGCUUUUCUACGAAAGAUAGACAGAUGCAUAUAGAGCGUUUUAUUGUUAGUAAUUUAAUGCAACUCUAGGAAUGGCAAAUAGUACGUUGGCGAUGACAUGCAAACAGUAACGCAUAAGUGAAAUAAUAAGGCACGCCAAAAGCAGCGACACUUACAUCCUAUUUGUCAGAUUUACCAUAAAAAAGGCAGCAGAAAAAGGAAGAAGGAAAAGGGAUUAUAUUAUAGCAAGCCGUACCGUAGGAAGUGAUGCGCAUUAUUAAGCGAUGUGUAUUGCGUGUAUGUUUCUAGAUUGGUGCGCAUUGGACGACGAGAGAGAGAGAGAAACCGCACGAUGUGGCCGGUGAAUGUUAACUCAUCAUAUUUUCAUUUUAUAUGUAACCAAAGAGCAUGAAAGAAAAUAAAGAGCGAUAAAUUCUAAAACAUAACUCGCUGUGUCGUCAUUAUCCCG